GAAGUGAAGAAAUUUUAUAAAAAUGCAAGUAUUGCAUUAUCAGAUGGGUGGUUUGAAAUCAACUUAGAUAAAAGAAAACUGAAAACACCAAGUGGUCAGUUAUUUCGAGUUCCCAAUGAAGCUCUGGCACUAGCUGUAGCUACUGAAUGGAAUGCCCAAGAUAAAGUUAUCAAGAGACAUAAUAUGCACUUGACUUCGUUAUGUAACACAGCGUUAGACAAUCCCUUUCAAAAGAGUCGUGAAAUAUUAACACAGGGCAUCAUUCAUUUUCUUGAAACAGACACAAUUUGUUAUAGAUUACAAGAACCAGAAGAUUUGGUUCAGCUACAGAUGGAGAGCUGGGAUCCUGUUAUUAAAUGGGCAACACACAGGUUUGGAAUUGAAGUGAAACCAACUUAUACCAUGUCUCUACCAGAAGUGGGUACAGAAUCUAAGGAUAUUAUCAGACGGCAUCUGUUAUCUUAUAGUGAUUGGGCGUUAUUUGGUUAUAGCUAUGCUGUGGAGUCUAUCAAGUCACUAUUAUUAAUAAUGGCGCUGGUUGAUAAAUCUAUCUCAGUAGAAACAGCCGUCAAAUUGUCCAGGUUAGAGCAGGAAUAUCAGUCUGAGAAAUGGGGUAACGUAGAAUGGCAUCACGAUUUAGAUCAACUUGAUUUACAGUCUAGACUUGCCUCUGCAGCUUUAUUUAUUCAUUGGUCCAGUGAAAAUUCCUCGGUUAUCCAAAAGGCCUCGUUAGAACGACAGAAUAUCUGUGCCGUAUAA